AUGAAGGUCCGGAAGAAGAAUCUGUGCCACACUUGUCGAAAGCGAAAACUUCAGUGUGAUGGCAAGCUUCCAGCAUGUUCGCAAUGUCUGCAUAGCAAGCGAAAAUGUGAAGGGUAUCCUGAGGCCCUGUUCGUACCGUUUAUAGCGACUAAAUCUGGAAGAGAGGCAGAAAAUUCAUAUAAACCCCUGGCAUCAGAGUCGGGACCAGCAUCCGGAUCGAUUCUUAGUGACCCAGCCCUAAGUGUUCCAAACUGUAAGGACGCACCGAAUAUCUCCCACGAGAUGACUGGAUUGUACAGGGGUUCAUCAUCGAUGUCCCAUCUAUGUUUAACGGGCCUUGAUACCACACAAGAUAUCAUCUUGGUAAUUUUACAUAAUUUCGUUCCUUUGGAUGAAACUGGUUUUGAGACUCCCACAUCACUUGUACAAUCUCCUCGGGUAUGUGGCUCAUGGGUCACAGCCUUACCUGAGCUGACUAUCGAUACAAUUGGUCCCCUUGCUGAAUGUCUUCAAUCAGCGUCAAGUGCUCUAGCUCUGUCUAUUACUGCUUAUCGACGUAGCAUAAAUAUGGUUGACUCCAUUUCUGUUCAGUAUGAAAAAAGUCUCCAUCUUUUGGCGCAGAAUCUGGCAGUAUGCAAAAGUUUUUAUCGUAACGAGCUCGUAGCAACGGUUAUGUGUCUAGCUCUCGUAGAGGUACUCUCACCAAUACGUCCAUCCAGUUGGCUGAUACAUGUGGAAGGAGUUAGUAGAAUGUUUCAACUCUCACCUCCCGAACUUUUUGCGUCUGGUGUUGAACACACUCUUUUUAUAGGCUUUAGACCCCUAUUAAUACUCCAAGCUUUCAUUCUUCGUAAGGCGACUUUUUUGGCAGAGGACUCUUGGGUCCAUACCCCCUUCCAAAAUCAUCGUUCUUCACCAUUACAAAGCCUUCUAGGUGUGGCUUCGUGUAUUCCAGGGACUUUAGAAAGAGUCGAUGUGUCAAUACACAAUCCUUGUACCGCUACUAUAGAAAUUGUACAGGAUCGAAUUAAAGAGCUGGCAAAUAGCAAAGCUCUUCUUGAAGCCUGGCAUUGUUCAUAUCUAAAAACUUCAUCAAGACCACUCUAUUGGCGACGGAACAUUGAAAUAGAAUGUAAAAGUAACCUCAAUCUAUGGUGGUUUCAGGAUUUGAGCACUGCCAAUGUCUUUAUCUACUUUUGGGCCUUUCAGCUUAUAUGCUUAAUAGAUAUUCAUGUUCUUUUGGAGAAGUAUCCGGAAUUGGAGCGGCUAGUUCACAAAGCGAUAUAUGAUGCCAGGGGACUUCGAGAGAUUUGUCUCGAGUUGAGCGUUCAAAUUUACCAGAGCAUGGAAUACAUUCUACAAGAUGAUUUCAUGCUUUAUGGAGUUUCCUCUACAUACAGCAUGUGGAGCGCUUGA